AGACCCCGGAGUGGGGUGCUGGUUCCCAGGGCCCCACGCUGGCCGUCACCAUGGCAGCUCAGGCCACGUGGUGAGGGGACCGCCCACCCGGCUCGUUCAACGCACCGGCGGCCUCGCAGCCUCCGCCUUGGGACCGCGAGAUAACGCCCCCUGGGCGCCCGCCGAGCGCCGGGCGCAGUGCCAGGCAGGGCCCAGCUCCCAGCGCCUUCGGGCGAGUGCCCUUAAGGACUGCCAGGCAAUAAUGAAGGUUCUUUUACUGAAAGACCCUAAGGAGGACGACUGUGGCCAGGAUCCGUACAUCAGGGAAUUAGGAUUAUAUGGAUUUGAAGCCACUUUGAUCCCUGUUUUAUCAUUUGAGUUUUUGUCUCUUCCCAGUUUCUCAGAGAAGCUGUCUCAUCCUGAAAGUUAUGGGGGACUCAUUUUUACCAGCCCCAGAGCAGUGGAAGCAGUGCAGCUGUGUUUGGAGAAAGACAAUAAAACUGAAGUCUGGAAAAAGUCUCUGAAAGAACAAUGGAAUGCUAAGUCGGUGUAUGUGGUUGGAAAUGCUACUGCUUCUAUAGUGAAUAAAAUUGGCCUGGAUACAGAAGGAGAAAACUGUGGAAAUGCAGAAAAGCUUGCAGAAUAUAUUUGUUCCAGAGAGUCAUCAGCACUGCCUCUUCUGUUUCCCUGUGGAGCCCUCAAAGGAGAAAUCCUGCCGAACAUGCUCAAAGACAAAGGGAUUCCCAUGGAAAGCAUAACUGUCUACCAGAAGAUUCCACACCCAGGAAUCCAGGGGAACCUGAGCAGCUACUACUCCCAACAGGGCAUUCCAGCCAGCAUCACAUUUUUCAGUCCCUCUGGCCUUACGUACAGUCUCAAGCAUAUUCAGGAGUUAUCUGGUGACAACAUUGAUCAAAUUAAGCUCAAAAGGAUUUACAUUCAUACCUUUUCGGGACUGUAUUUGUUAUGAGUCCACAAGUAAUCACACCCCUUGCGGUGCCUGGCGUGAGAAUGCUUUGAACUGGAAAUGCUUGGAGGGGGCUGAGGAGGGUGUGGGUGUGACCUGGAGCCCCAGGACCGAGGCCGCCGGCACUGUGGGCACGCAGGCAGUCACAUGGAGGGAAGGCCUUCACCCAUUAUCACAGGUGCAUCCCACGGCACAGCUGGCGAGGAGGGACUGUUUCCCAGUUAAAGACGGAGUGUUAGGCUCAGAGAAGUUGUGUGUCCCGCCCUAGGCCACACAGGAAGCAGGAAGAGUCGUGAUUUGAACUAGGAAGACCGAUUCCACGUUGUUAGCCACGGUGAUAGAUGAGCCAUGGUCAGUUGACAGAGCAUUUCCAGGCAGUAUGUGGUGUAAUUCUCACACCAGUCCAGGGUAGGAAUCCAGCAAAAUGGGCCUGUUGUCCUCAUUACAGGUGAGGCAACUGAGGCCCGGGGACGGUAAAUGAGAGGUUGCAUGCCAAAGUCACAUAGUGAGUUACUGGAAGGCCGAAGACUUGCACUUAGGUCACUGGGGAAGGAAAAUAAUAUGCCUCUUAGGGUUGGAAGGAUGAAAGAGACAAGACCCAUGAAGUGCUCAUAGUAAUCAGCACCUAGUGAGCGCUCACUAUCUUGGAAGUUCGGACGAGUAACAGUGCUGGGGCCGCCCCCGUCUUGUCCCUCUGCGCCACACUGCCUCUCUGGGACCUGCAGUGUGAGCCCAUCCGAGUCACACGACAGCUAUGAAAUGCCGGGGCAGCCUGGUAACGUCAACGUAAUACAGAAGUCACCCCGGGCUUCUCCGUGUUUGUCUGCCUGGAUGAAGAACAAAAGAUUUAUUUAACUAUACUGUAUCUUCCUUCAAAAGAACAUUUGUAAAAGCACAAAUGGAGACUCGAAGUCUGAACUUAGAACGUGAGCCACUGUGAGUAGCUACUGCCUGCACCGCCCACAAACUGCCCCGCAGCUUGGCCUAGGUGAGCGUAUCCAUCUUCAGUCUGUAACGUUUCUGUCACCUCCAGACAUUCUCUCGGGUUCUCCCGGGUCACCUCUUACUGCAGCAGUCCAGUGUGCCGCCCACCAGUCGUUAAGAUUCCACGGGACCUCAGCUCUGCCAUUGCCAGGGCGGGAACGAAGGACAGAGCUGGCACUGUCAGCAGUUACUGUGGGUGGUUUGGGAGCCACAGAGACGCUGUGUACCCAGCGGGAGUUGUCCUUCAUCACAGUGACUUCACUGGCUGAGGCAGGAUCUUUCCAGGUUGACAGAGGACACGGGCCUAAAUCUGGAUUGGGUAGUGUGGCUUUCCUGUCUCACCUGUUUGUCAGGUGGUCUUGCUGCCUCCCCAGGAGUCUAUAGGAGCCACCAUUUGUACAGCACUGCACAAAUUACAGGUGGGCCACAAACGGUCAAGGGGGUGAUCUCUGACCUGAACUUACUACUGACAGUUGACUUGGGAAGGCCAUGUGCAUGUCUUUAAAGGCCACACAGGGAUCAUCACAAAGCAGUAGGUGAGCAAAUUCGUAACCACCACCAAACUAAUAGAGGCAACUGACUUUCCUCUUUACUACCUGCCAGAUGUGUUCCCUACUUUCUCACGGUCCCCCCGCACAUAGGCCUCUGGACUGGCCAUCAUCAUGCCUAGCCGGCAGUGGCAGAGCUGGGCUCCAAGCCCGGGCUACCGGCUUCCCACACCUGAACUGGCACACUCACUCCCCGGUUGGUUCCCAGUGAUGGAGUGAGGACAUUAGCACUGGGCUUCCAGGGGCCCAGUGUGGGGUAAGACUCCACUGCUCCAGAGGGCACCAUCUGCAGCCCUGGUCCAGCCCUUCAGGCUCCGUGGGUCUGGCCAGGCCAGUGGCAAUGAGUCAGACAGCUGGAACUCUCCAAAUGUUCCUCCUCCUGUGAUCAGAGGGAUUGAGAGGGAAUAACAGGCGCAGGUGGGAAAAUCGUUUUGUGACCACACUGCUUCUGCUGAAAUCACAGUUGCUGUUUGCUAGUUCCCAGUCUCAGGCAGUUUCUUUGUUUUUUAAUUUUUGUUUUUAAACAGCUUUCUUGAGAUAUAAUUCACGUACCAUAAAAUUCACUUUUUAUGAAUUAAAUAUGUACACUUUUCAAGUGUAUCAUUCAGUGGGUUUUAGUUUAUUCAAAGAAUUGUGCAACCAUCACCACCAUCUAAUUCCAGAACAUUUCAUCACCCCAAAAGAAACCCUGUACCCAUUAGCAGUCACUCCUCUUUCCCCCACGCCCCCAGCCGCAGUAGCCACUGAUCUACUUUCCAUGUCUAUGGAUUUGCCUGUUCUGGACAUUUCAUAUUAAUGGAGUCAUUCAGUAUGCAGUCUUUUGUGACUGGCUUCUUUCACUCAGCGUGAUGGUUUCACGGUUUCCGUGGUGUAGCAUGUGUCAGUACUUCACUCCUUUUUAUUGCCAGAUAGUGGUCCAUUCUAUGAAUAUACCACCUUUCGUUUUCCACUCAUCAGCUGAUGGACAUUUGGGUUGUGUCCACUUUUGGGCUAUUAUGAAUAACACUGAACAUUUGAAUACAAUACUUUUUGUGGGGCCUGGCCCGGUGGCGUAGCAGUUAAGUGCGCACGCUCCACUGCUGGUGGCCCAGGUUCGGAUCCUGGGCACGCACCGAUGCACCGCUUGUCAGGCCAUGCUGUGGCAGCGUCCCAUAUAAAGUGGAGGAAGAUGGGCACAGAUGUUAGCCCAGGGCCAGUCUUUCUCAGCAAAAAGAGGAGGAUUGGCGUGGAUGUUAGC